UUAUCACAAGUCUCUUUCGCAUUAGCGCUUCCAUUCACGAGAUGCUUCCACAAGGGAUUUAUUUUGGAUCCCUCUUAGCUCCAAAUCAUCCUAGGCGCUGUUCUUCCCUGCCGCCGCUGCUUUGGCGCCAGAGAAGCUCGAGCAUUGUGGCCAUGGUAGCAACAACAGAUUCUUCCAAGAUCGUUCCCGUUCUUUCGAUCUCCGAGGUCACCGAGAGGCUCAAAUCUCACUCGCACGAUGCCCAGAAGACCUAUCGAGCUAUGUACUCGAGCCUCAUCGAUGGAAUUACGACCGAUCCCGCCGCCAUGGUGAUCCCGAUGGACGAUCAUAUGGUCCAUCGCGGGCAUGGCGUCUUUGACACCGCAACCAUCGCUGAUGGCUACUUGUACGAGCUUGACGCGCAUUUGGACCGGUUCCACAAGUCCGCCGCUGCGGCGAAAAUUCAACCACCGUUCGACCGUGCUACCAUGCGAGAAAUUCUUAUCCAGACGGUGGCAAGCUCUGGCUGUAAGCUGGGAUCACUUCGCUACUGGCUCUCAGCUGGACCUGGGGGAUUCGGACUAUCAUCCUCCGAGUGCACCAUGUCGACGCUCUAUGCCGUGGUCCUGUCCUUGCCCGCGAUCCCCGAUCCCGACAUGGGUGUGACAGUGAUAACAGCGUCCACGCCAAUGAAGCACCCCCAGUUUGCAACCAUGAAAAACGUCAACUAUCUCCCGAAUGCACUGUCGAAGCUGGAAGCCGAGAGCCAGGGGGCGUUUGCAGCGAUUUGGCUCGACGACGAGGGGUUUGUCGCAGAAGGUCCCAAUGUGAACGUCGCGUUUAUCUCCAAGUCGCGAGAGCUGCUCGUUCCGGAGUUUGACAAGAUACUGUCGGGAUGCACGGCAAGGAGAACAGUAGCUCUUGCGCCGAAGCUCGUGGAGAGCGGAGUUCUUUCGGCCGUGAAAGUAACGAAGAUCUCGCCGGAGCAAGCCAAAGACUGUCCCGAGAUGAUGCUUAUCGGCAGUACGCUGCCUAUUACUCCUGUUGUCAAAUGGGAUGGACAAGUCAUUGGAAACGGUGAGGCUGGUCCCGCGACAAUUGCUCUACGAAAUCUUGUAGUCGAUGACAUUCUUAAUGGACCAUCAGCCUUAAGAAUCCCCGUACCAUACACUGGUGAAGCUUAAAAAGGUGAGAGCUGUGAUUGCUAUCAGACGGAACUGAUUUAUUCAUAAGUUUGUAUAAUAAUGUAACUUUUAAGUAUGCUUA